CCCUUUCCGGCGGAAGCGCCCCCGCCCUCUCUGCCCGCGGCGCUCUGAGGGCUCCGAGGGCUCCGCGCCCCGAACGCGCCGAAAUCCCCCGGAAUCCGCCCAAAUCCGCCGCCCCCCGGGGGUCCCCGCCGCCAAGAUGACGGAGCAGAUGACCCUGCGCGGCACCUUGAAGGGCCACAACGGCUGGGUGACCCAGAUCGCCACCACGCCGCAGUUCCCGGACAUGAUCCUGUCGGCAUCGCGCGACAAGACCAUCAUCAUGUGGAAGCUGACCCGGGAUGAGACCAACUACGGGAUCCCCCAGCGCGCCCUGCGCGGCCACUCGCACUUCGUCAGCGACGUGGUCAUCUCCUCCGACGGCCAGUUCGCCCUGUCCGGCUCCUGGGACGGCACCCUGCGCCUCUGGGACCUCACCACGUGGGUUUGGGGGGGAUCUGGGGGGGGUUAAGGGUAACACCCUGCG